CUAAAAGGAACUUGUCUUUGUAAUUUGUUGUGCGCUACAAUUGAAUUUGAGACUUGAGAGAUGGAAAUUGAAAUCGCCUUCGAAGCAGCCGACUAAACCCGCUCCCAACUCCUAACGAAGAGCUCGCUGCGAUUCUUUGAAGCAAACCCAGUUGAUUAAUCGCCACUCUCAAGAGCGGCGAUCGCGGCCUCCAUCGAUUUUGAUUUUGCAUACACUGAAAAAUGCCUUCGUCUUCUCAGUUCUUCGUACCACCGGACAUGGUUGUCAAGAAUCGCUUUCUGGGUUUCCUUAUUUGGCAGUCCAUUCCUUCCACCUUCGUCUUCUUCCUCUUCAAAAUCUUCGUUUCAGCCAUUUCUUCCGUUUCUGGUAGCAAUUCCUCAAGUGGGAGUAGGAACCCAUCAGGCCCUUUUGCUUCAUUGCUCGCUGGGUUCCUUACUUUUCUUACAUUUCAUCUCUCUCAGCUCCUCUUUUCUUCUUCGCUCUCCCUCCUUGCUUCUCCCCAGCUCGAGCGUCCUGCCGCGCCACUUGAGCUCGCUUUUGGGCUCGUUCGCUUUCUUGUACUUGCAGGCGGCGGCACCGCCUCAUCGGCGUCCGCUUCGAAGGAUUUUCGCCGUCGGGCGACGGUUUCGUUGUAUUUAGUUCUGUUUGUACUGGCAACUGCGGUUUCGGGUUCCUUGGCGGCGGUUUCUAUAUGUUGGGGGAAAUCAGACGGUCUCAGAAGUGCGUGGCUUACGGGUCUUUCGAUGGGUCUGAUUUAUGGCUCUUUCUAUGUUUACAAGAAAAGUUGGGUUCUAACGUUCCCAAUCAUUCAGCGUCCCCCCUUUUUUAGCUUCAAGAUGGGUCUUCCCUCAGCUACCACAUUGGCUUCCAAACUUUCUGCUGCAGCUUUCAUAUUUUCAGCAGUAUUAAUGGUGCUUCUGCCAGAUCAAUUUAAGAGAAAUGUUACAGUCAGGAAGUUUGUCGCUAACCAGGCUAUUGUUUUCAUUGGAAGUUUUGCAGUAUUUCUUUCUUGGGAAUUGACUCACCACUUACAUCGGGUCCUACAUACCAAGAGAUUUGCUUUUGCACCUCCAAAGGGAUCUGCAGCUGCAGAAACAAAUCCUAGCGAGUACCUCUUUGCAGCUUUGGAGGACAGCAAUUCGGGGUCUCUUUUGCAAUAUCUUGCAUUUCUUGAUCUCUGUAUGGUUUGCGAGAAUAACGUGGAUAUAUGGAGGAGAGCUGCUUUUUUCGAAGAAAGCGGGGAAACAUAUAAGAGAGUUAUAUCCAUAUCCUUGAAGCCUCUGGAGCAAUUUGCAUUGAACUUAGGUGAAGGUUUGGACGGUUCUGCGGACAUCACCUCCCAACUAUCCAAACAGUUAUUACCGCCAAAAGACUCUCACUUCGACGUAAAACAAUUGGAAACUCUGAAAAACUUUCAGUUGUAUGCAUGGUGUGCCCGAACGGUUUCUACGUUAACUGCACGCUCACAUUCGGAAGAUAGAUUUGGGGUUGCCCAACUCUCUGGUAGUAAUGCUUCUGUUAUGUCAACACUCUUGUCUUGCCUGCUUGCUGUUGAAGUGUUGAUGGGGAAGAAGACUAAUAUACAAUCCCCACACGACUUACUCGGCCCGGCUAGUAUCAAAUGGGCGACAUCCAGCAUCAGGAGAGUAGACGCUUCAGUUGGUAAAAAGAAAAGCGGUCCAUUGCAUUCAAAGGUGUAUGCGAUCGCAGACGUGUUGAGGGCCUCGAUCUAUCUCAUUGUUUCUGCAUUCCAUAACGAGAUGCUGAGUAGCGCCAAGUCUGGUGUUCUUGAGAAAGAUUGGAUCACGGGCGAAAAGCCCGCCUUCGGUACUCGCGAGUUGCUUCUGCAGAAAUUGCAUAUUUUCUUGGAUUUUCAAGCUUAGUUAUCUGAUAAUGGCAGAUUCAUUUUGCCCGUCUCCGCCGUCGUUCAGCGAAUUAUACCGAACCACCUGUUAGGCAGUUUUGUUGUCUUUGUUUCUAAAUAGUUACAGUUGGAAUAUGAAGAGUUAGUUAGAUUGAUGAAGUUCACAAACUAAGUUGGUAAGUUUGCAAUACAUUGCCUUUAUAAACACCAAUAUUUUAGUC